AUGGGCUCUCCGUUGGAUUGGUCAUCCACGCAGCUAGCCGAAUGGCUUAGUGACCAAGGUUUUGAAGAGGCGAUUGUGGACUUAUUAACUGAUAUCCACGGAGUAAGUUAUGCUUGGCCAUAUUUAUGUUUCUAUCAAUAAUUUAGGGAAUAUUUGUGGUUUUGAAAUGUUUUACAGAGUGUGUGAAGGUCUUGUUGAUUUUAUAAAAGGCUUUGUUAUCUUUAAAUGUUGUUGUUUACAGAUUGACGGUCAGUUAUUCGUUACCUUGACAGAAAAUGAUCUCAGACAACCUCCAGUGGCAUUGAAAAAAUUGGGAGACAUUAAGAGAUUGUUGAAAUUUCAAAAACAGCUAAAGGCGGUGAUAAAAGACACGAGGACGCCAAGGACGUUUUCUGAUUCAGGCAGUUUAAGUGAUAGCACAGAUUCAACAUAUCGUCUGCUGCAAACAGCUUCAGAAGACAGCAGCUUUGAUGAAGGGCUUCUAAAGUCAGCUUCUGACUCUGAUCUGUAAGUUCCUUGUUUUUAUUUUUGUCUUCUAGGUAAUAAAAACCUUCCAAGAAUAUUUUAACAUUGUUUCUUUAUUUUGGAUGUAUUCUUAAUUCUAAUAUGGCAGUAUAUACCUAUAACAAAAUUAUUUUUAGAAAAAGGCAAGCUAAAGCACGAUGCGGGUUAAUGACACGAGAAGAGAUAAUAAGGAGUGUCGAGAGCCCGGAUACCAAGCUCAAGUCAUGGGUUAAGAUGGGUGUAGCGUUGUUUUAUUGCCUUUUGUCGUUAUGGGUAACUGCUCUAGUCAUGGUAGUGGUUCACGACCGGGUUCCGGACAUGAAGAUGUAUCCGCCGUUGCCUGAUCUUGUUCUUGACAACCUUCCUUUGAUCCCUUGGGCAUUCGAAUUGUGUGAGAUAAUUGGAGUGGCAUUAGGAGGCUUGUUCUUGACUAUUAUUGUCUUCCACAAGCAUCGGUGAGUUCUGCUUUUGGUUUUUUGAUAAAUAAUAGCAAGUUUUUUAUAGCUAAUCAAAGGUUUAAUAUAUUUAAUGUAGGAAAUUGAUGUUUAGUUUGUUUUUUAAUAUUUUUCUGUUUAGAGUUGUUAUUCUGCGACGUUUUUUCUCACUUUUCGGUACAGUUUUUCUGCUGCGAUGCGUUACCAUGCUUAUCACUUCGUUAUCAGUUCCCGGAGUUCAUCUUGAAUGCUCAGCAAAGGUAAGAAAUACAAUGGUAGGAAUUUUAGUUAAAACAAGUUAAUUAAUAAAACUGCAAACAAAAACGUGAUUUUGCAAAAAACAAGGGAACAUGUUAUUACAGUAAAGGGAAAGUAAACAAGAUUGUUCUGAAAUUAAUUUGUUUUAUGGUUUUGAGUUAAUUAGUAAGAUAAAAAUGACAGAAUUGAUAAUUUAAUUGAUAACAUUGAUUGCUUGUUAAUGUUUUUAGAAUUACGGGACGUUAUCAGCGAAGAUAAAACAAGCUUAUCACAUAUGGUCACACUUGGGGAUGUCAAUUCAAGGUGUGAGGACAUGCGGAGAUUACAUGUUCAGUGGGCAUACGACGUCAAUUACAUUGUUGAACCACUUCAUUACUGAAUGUAAGACUUUUUGUUAAUUUUGAAUGAUUUAUCGUUUUUUAUAAUAUUAUCAAGUCAUUUCUUUUUGAUAUGUUUAGUUGUUUUUCAAAUUUAUUUUUGAACUUUUAUUACUUUUUCGUUUCUUUUUAGACACCCCAGAAGACUGGUACGGUCUCCACACCGCUACAUGGGUACUUAAUUUAUUUGGCAUUUUCUUUAUUCUGGCUGGACAUGAACAUUACAGUAUAGAUGUCUUCGUAGCGUUUUAUAUAUCUUCAAGGUUGUUUUUGUUCUACCACACGUACGCCUAUCAUCACGCUAGUCUAUCUUUCUCGGAUUGGAGGGUCAGAGUUUGGUACCCGCUCGGAUGGUAGGUUGUAUAUAAUUUUUAAAUAAUUUACAUACAAUUACUUUUAUUGUAUUUUUGUUAGUCAAAAUGAAAAAGUUAACUACUGAGGGCUAUGAUGACCAUCAUGAUGGAUAACUUUUAAAACCACCAACUUCAGGUUCUUUGAGUCAGGGUCAGCUGGCCGUGUUGUGAACGAAUUCGAGAUUCCCUUGGUGGAGAAGUCCGAAGAACCAGAAGAACGUUCGUUCCGUGUUACACGGCUAACCAAGUAG